CUCCCCUUUCUCCUGAGAAACUUCACCCCGGCCGUGCGGAGCUCCGCUACGCAGCCGGGGAAGGAAGCAGGCAAGGCGGAGGGCAGCGGGAGGCGGCAACCAGUGCGGUCCCCGGGGCUCUUCGCGGAGCCCCGGCCCGCCUCGCCAUGGCCCGGAGACCCCGGCACAGCAUAUACAGUAGCGAUGAGGACGAUGAAGACAUUGAGAUGUGUGACCAUGACUAUGAUGGGCUGCUUCCCAAGUCUGGAAAGCGUCACUUGGGGAAAACUAGGUGGACCAGGGAAGAGGAUGAAAAGUUGAAGAAGCUGGUGGAGCAGAACGGAACAGAUGACUGGAAAGUGAUCGCCAAUUACCUGCCGAACCGGACAGAUGUGCAGUGCCAACACCGAUGGCAGAAGGUGCUAAACCCUGAACUCAUCAAGGGUCCCUGGACCAAGGAGGAAGAUCAAAGAGUUAUAGAGCUCGUCCAGAAAUACGGCCCGAAACGUUGGUCUGUUAUUGCCAAGCACUUAAAAGGGAGAAUUGGAAAACAAUGUAGGGAGAGGUGGCAUAAUCACCUGAAUCCAGAAGUUAAGAAAACCUCCUGGACAGAAGAGGAAGACAGAAUUAUUUACCAGGCACACAAGAGACUGGGGAACAGAUGGGCAGAAAUCGCAAAGCUGCUGCCUGGACGGACUGACAACGCCAUCAAGAAUCACUGGAAUUCCACCAUGCGGCGCAAGGUGGAACAGGAAGGCUACCUGCAGGAGCCUUCGAAAGCCAGCCAGCCCCCGGUGGCCACUGGCUUCCAGAAGAACAAUCACCUGGUGGGUUUUGCUCAGGCCCCACCCUCCUCUCAGCUCUCCCCAACUGGCCAGCCAUCAGUUAACAGCGAUUAUCCCUACUACCACAUCUCCGAGGCACAGAAUGUGUCCAGUCACGUUCCAUAUCCUGUAGCAUUGCAUGUAAAUAUCGUCAAUGUCCCUCAACCAGCUGCUGCAGCUAUACAGAGACACUAUAACGAUGAAGACCCCGAGAAAGAAAAGCGGAUAAAGGAAUUAGAGCUGCUCCUGAUGUCAACCGAGAAUGAGCUGAAAGGACAGCAAACGUUACCGACACAGACCCAUACUUGCAGCUAUCCCGGGUGGCACAGCACCUCCAUUGUGGACCAGACCAGACCUCAUGGAGACAGUGCACCUGUUUCCUGUUUGGGAGAACACCGCUCCACUCCUUCCCUGCCUGCAGAUCCUGGCUCUCUACCUGAGGAAAGCGCCUCGCCAGCCAGGUGCAUGAUCGUCCACCAGGGCACCAUUCUGGAUAAUGUUAAGAACCUCUUAGAAUUUGCAGAAACACUCCAAUUUAUAGAUUCUGUAAGUAGAAGUGCUAAGGCGCGUCGUUUCUGGAAGAGGAAUUGCUUUAGAACGCCAGCUAUCAAAAGGUCAAUCCUUGAAAGCUCUCCGAGAACCCCCACACCAUUCAAACAUGCCCUUGCCGCUCAAGAAAUCAAAUACGGUCCCCUGAAGAUGCUACCUCAGACACCCUCCCACUUAGUGGAAGACCUACAGGAUGUGAUCAAGCAGGAAUCCGAUGAAUCUGGAAUUGUUGCUGAGUUCCAUGAGAAUGGACCCCCACUACUGAAGAAAAUCAAACAGGAGGUGGAGUCACCCACGGAUAAAGCAGGAAAUUUCUUCUGCUCAAACCACUGGGAAGGGAACAGUCUGAGUACCCAGCUGUUCGCUCAGGCAUCUCCCGUGGCAGAUGCCCCAAAUAUUCUCACCAGCUCUGUUUUAAUGACACCAGUGUCUGAAGACGAAGACAAUGUUCUCAGAGCAUUUACAGCCCCUAAAAACAGGCCCUUGGUGGGUCCCUUGCAGCCCUGCAGUGGUGCCUGGGAACCAGCCUCCUGUGGGAAGACAGAGGAUCAGAUGACGGCCUCUGGUCAGCCUCGAAAAUAUGUGAACGCAUUCUCGGCUCGGACUCUGGUCAUGUGAGACAUUUCCAGAAAAGCAUUAUGGUUUUCAGAACACUUAAAAGUUGACUUAUGACCUAUCAUUCCUCAGCAUGGAACUCUUCCUGCCUGAGAGAAGAACCUAUUUUUGUUGUGGUACAACAGUGCAGAGCAGCACCAAGUGCGUUUUAGUUGCAUGGAAUCUUACUGGGUUUCACCCAACUAAAAAGGAUUAUUUUUAAAAAAAUUAAUGAAUAACAGUCUUACCUAAAUUAUUAGGUAAUGAAUUGUAACCAUUUGUUAAUAUCAUAAUCAGAUUUUUUAAAUAAAAUGAUUUAUUUGUAUUUUAGAGGAUCCAACAGAUCAGUAUUUUUGACUGGGGUAAAUUAAAAAAAAAUUAUACAAAGAAAUUCCCCAGUAUUUCACAUUUCUCAAUCACUAAGAAUACAUACAAAUAUUUUUAAUAAACAGUGAAAGCAUUAUUCUGAAUGUUGACUAAAUACCAAGUAGCCGUUCACAGAGCCUAUAAGACUCAUUUGUAGUUAAUAAUAUUGGAAAGACAUUUAUUAUGCUAAACCAGUUCAUGAGGAGUUUUUGUUAGCUUGCUUUAAAAAUUAUUACUGUAUGAAAUAGUUUUAUAAAAAAUUAUAUUUUUAUUCAGUAAUUUAAUUUUGUAAAUGCCAAAUAAUAAAAAAAAAAUGUGUUUCGCUGCUAUGGUCUUAGCCUGUAGAGAUGCUGCUAGUCAGAGAGGCAGUAGAGCUUGGAUGAGAGAAAAGAAACUUGGUAUUAGAGAAUUGAUUAUUCACUAGUAUUUCAGACUUUUUUAUUUUUAUAUAUAUACCUUUUCCUUUUGUAACUGGAAAACUUAUUUGGGAGAUUUUUGCAUUUGUUGUACAUUUUCUUUUUUUUUAAGGAAAGUUGUUUCUUUUUUUGUUAUUGUUGGUUUAUAAAAACAUGCAUUGCACUUCUUUUUUUGGGAAAUUUAUGUUGUUCAUGUCAUAUGUUUUGUUUUGAGUUCAGUCUGACUGUUCAUCGACUCAGGUACUCUGAGUCUGCUCAGCUUUCCCCAUAGUUAUUAAGUGUAUGGACCAGAACUGCCUCGUGGUUCUUAUGUUUGGGGGGAAGACAAACAUGGAAGUCAACAGUCGGUUUCUGCCUCGAGAACACUGGGUACAAGAUGGCCGGCCCUGAGCUUCUGAAACGACAGUGUACUUACUGCCUUGUAGCAAAAUAAAGCUGUGCCUGUAUUUUACAUAC